AUGGGAAAUCAUGUUUCAAUAGAUGAGAAACCACAAACAAUAGAGGACUUGUUUAAGGACUAUCCCUACAGGGAACAAAACUUCUUCUCUUCUAAUAUCAAAAUUUGGAAGUUUGAGGAAUCAUCAUCUGAUCAGUGUGUUGUGAGUCCUCUCAAUUUUACUAUGGAAUUUUCAUCUUUCAAUCCUCAUCAUUGCUAUGUUGUUUUACAUACAUUUAAUAAGGGUGAAGAAUUUCAGAAUCAGGAUAAUCAAAGAAAGGCCAUCAAAUUAACAAGUCAUUCACUUCUUCAGUUAGCAGCAUCCACAGUUAAUUUGACUCUCCCUGGAUUGGAAAAUAGGUUUUGUGUGAAUGAUUUGCAGAAUUUCUUCUUUUCGAAAUGUUCUAAUAUUGGAUUUAGAGAAAAACUUACACUUCUUGGGGAGAGCUUGAACGGAUUUUCAUAUUGUGUCUAUGUGUGGCAUGGUAAGAAUGCUUCAACCUUCCUUCAAUCUUCAUCGACCACAGCAGGAUUGGACCUGGAUAGAAAGCUCUUACUCAAUGAAAAGGUUGUGAGAAGGGCAUUCAGUUGUGGAGAGCCGUCAUCCAUUUGUAAUUACUAUCACAAUGAUAUACCUUCCUUUACUUCUGAGAGCAUUCUAGAAAUCAAGAAAACAAGCUCAAGCUCGUUAGCCAUUUGUAUGACACUGUUUCAGUAUUGCCAUUUAUUUAGACAGUUGAUUCAUAAUCCAGAGACUAUUUCACAAUUGCCAGAUAAUGUUGGAAGUAAGGAUGUUGCAUUCAGAGCUCUUCUCCAACUUCCACCAACUGUAGAAAUCACUUCUAGUUUUCAACCAGCUGAGCAAGAGAACCAGAUUCACGAUAAUGACAUUCCAGAAUAUAUGGCAUCUCCAGCAGCUUCUCCUAUUGGUUCAGAGGAGAGUGAUUCCUACCAUACAUCGGAUGAAAGUACAGAAUAUUUUGAUGAAUAA